UAUGAAAAGUCCUCUGUUUCUCUCUCUCUCUUCGUUCAUAAGCUACUGUCCUUUCUCUCAGAUCCACAGCUCCAACAAUUUUUUCAUCGCAAAAUGCCAGUGAAACCUCUCUACGAUCUCGUGAAUUCGCACUUCUGAAGGUACUACAACAUUCCAGAAAAGUCGGUGUAGAUAUAUUUGCACCGUUUAGUUUUCUGUGUCGGCCGGACGGACGGAGUAGUGUGAAUGGGGGGAGUACCGUCAACGCCGAGGUUUAGCGGUGGUUCGAGGCCUCAUGAAACAGAGGAGUACCUAAUUGGAGCAUUUAUUGGCGAGAAAUCGUUUCCUCUUGCUUCUGAUUACUGGCAGAAGCUUCUAGAGCUUCCUCUUAAUCUUCAUUGGUCUUCGGAUCGUGUUCAGCAAGCUUGCCUACACUUUGCUCAGAACAACUGCUACACAAGGCAUCUUGCCAAAAUUUUAAUUCACCUGUCCUGGUGCUUGCAAGAGUGUGUUUCUACAUCCGAUGCUUCUUCAUCAGCUUAUGUGAAAGCUCUCAAUGCAGUCUACGUCUCAUCUGUUUUUCUGAAGCACCUCAUUGAGAAUGCUAAAACUGACAACUUUGAAGAUCUAUACAUGUCCCUGAAUGAAAGUGAGGAAAUUCCAAGUAAUGUCCCUAAAGAACAGAGUAUUGAGCAUCUUGUUGUGAAUAGUGUGCUUAAUUUUCUUGGCAGGGUAGAUGUAAGCUCUGAUACAUAUCUUCUACACUAUGAGUUGCUUAAUUUCAUGCUUGUUGCGUUAUCAACUCAGCUUCUUUCUGGGCCAUCACUUGGAGCUGAUGAUAUUCAUCCUUUCUUUGAUGCAGCAAUGUCUCAGCCAACUUCUUUGGUCAAUCUGGCUAUACGUAAGCUCCUUGUUAACUACAUCACGCGGCCGCGUUUCCCUCUGAAGGCUUCAUCGUAUUAUAUAUUUUCUGAAGGAUAUCGUCCUGGAGUUUUACAGAGAGUUGGCUCUGUUGCGGCAAAUCUCGUGCUGCUGCCAUUGAAUUUCUUUGCAAGUUCAAGCAAUGAAGCUUCCAGAAGCCCAUUGGCAGACAACAGUCUUAAUAUUUUACUCAUCCUUGUUCAUUACCGCAAGAGUCUUGGCAUGGACCAUUUCAAAGAUAAAAUUGACUACAGCAGUCCAGAUUCACUACCAAAGGAAGAAUCAUUCUUUGAGAAUCCUUACUGCAAGGCCCUUGAGAAUGCUCGGGAUAUUGAAUUUGAUCGUGUUGAUGUUGAGGGAAAUGCACCUGGUGGUCCGGUUGUGAGAUUACCCUUUGCUUCUCUUUUUGAUACCCUUGGCAUGUGCUUGGCUGAUGAGACUUCUGCACUUCUGCUUUAUUCACUCGUUCAUGGGAAUUCAGAUUUUCUUGAGUAUGUGUUGGUGCGGACUGAUCUGGAUACACUGUUGAUGCCUUUGCUCGAAACACUGUAUAAUGCACCUAGGAGGACAUCCAAUCAGAUAUAUAUGGUGCUGAUUAUCCUUCUUAUACUUAGCCAAGAUUCCUCAUUCAACGCCAGCAUUCAUAAACUGGUGUUGCCCAGUGUUCCAUGGUACCAAGAACGCGUUCUUCAUCAGACCUCUCUUGGUUCUCUUAUGGUCAUAAUUUUGACGAGGACGGUGAAAUACAACCUCUCUAAGUUGCGGGAUGUUUACCUUCAUACAAAUUGCCUUGCAACUUUAGCUAAUAUGGCACCUCAUGUACAUCGCCUAAGUGGUUAUGCAUCACAACGUUUAGUGAGCCUAUUUGACAUGCUUGCACGCAAGUACAACAAAUUGGCAGAGAUGAAAAAUGAUAAGAUGCAUGUGCCCAAUGGUGAAUCAAAGGAAGAAAAUAGUCUCCAAGAAGACAUGGCAGCUGAGCUGCAUAUUUAUACCGACUUCUUAAGAAUUGUUCUUGAGAUAUUAAAUGCUAUUCUGACCUAUUCCUUGCCGCGGAAUCCUGAGGUUGUUUAUGCAAUUAUGCACAGGCAGGAAGUUUUUCAGCCAUUCAAAAGUCAUCCACGAUUCAAUGAACUGCUUGACAACAUAUUUAUGGUUUUGGACUUCUUCAACAGUCGCAUGGAUGCCCAGAAGAUGGAUGGGGAAUGGUCUGUAGAGAAAGUACUGCAAGUGAUUAUUGUUAAUUGCCGAUCUUGGAGGGUUGACGGACUAAAGAUGUUUACCCAAUUGCGUUUCACAUAUGAACAAGAGAGUCAUCCUGAGGAGUUCUUCAUUCCAUAUGUGUGGCAGCUGGUGUUGUCUCGGAGUGGUCUCAACUUUUCUCCUGGCAGCAUACAUCUUUUCCCGGCUGACCUUCCUCUCCAAGAUAAUAUUGGCGAGGAGGCUGAAAAGCCUCAGAAAGGUGACAUGAAAGGAAAUGAGCUAAAGAUAGAGGUGCCAGUUUGACGGAUUAUCAUCCUAGAAGACUACGCUGUGUAUAUACAUACAUGUAUCUAUAGAUAUGUAUUCUUGUCAUUCUUUUCUGUUCAUAACUUAAGAGUAGAGGAUUUUUACUUACAGCUGAGUGAAUUGAAAUAUCACCAGUAUAAUAAAUAAAGGUAUUGGUCAAGUUUAGGCUUUUAAUAUAGUUCUACUAGGUAAAAUAACUCCCAUUAUAUCAAUUUUGAAGAAGCAAUUAUGCUAAUCUGCUU